UCUCCUGAUCAUGGCGGACAUCGUACGACCAGGGAAAGACAGCGAUUUAUGCCUCGUAACAUGCACUGCUCCCGUUAAUAUUGCUGUAAUUAAGUAUUGGGGUAAACGAGAUGAAAGCUUGAUUCUUCCGAUAAACUCAUCCUUGAGUGCCACCCUAGAUCAAGAACAGUUGCGAGCUACCACUACUGUUGCCGUGAGCCCAGCUUUCAAGGAGGAUCGUAUUUGGUUGAACGAUGAAGAGGAAUCAAUCCAGAACCCAAGGUUACAGACAGUUCUUAGUGAAGUAAGGAGACAUGCUAGAAAACGACCCCACAAUGGCGACAGUAUCUUAUCAAAGAUGGUCACUUGGAAAGUGCAUAUCUGUUCAAAGAAUAACUUCCCAACUGCUGCAGGUCUAGCCUCGUCUGCUGCAGGCUAUGCUUGCCUUGUUGCAUCACUUGCAAAGCUGUUCGGUGUUGAAGAGAAUGUCUCAUACUUAGCAAGACAAGGCUCAGGCAGUGCAUGUCGCAGCAUGUUUGGAGGAUUUGUUGAAUGGAGAAAAGGAAGUGAGCCUGAUGGGUCGGAUUCAAUGGCUGUCCAGUGCUUUCCAGAAUCACACUGGCCAGAGAUGAGGAUACUCAUUCUAGUUGUGAGCGACCACAAGAAGAUCACAGGAAGUACAUCAGGGAUGCAGAGGUCGGUGGAAACAUCUGAUUUGAUCGCAUACCGAGCAGAGCAUGUUGUACCGCAGAGGAUGAGAGAUAUCAAGGAGGCAAUUGCAAAAAGAGACUUUGAAACGUUUGCUGAUAUCACUAUGAAGGACAGUAACCAAUUCCAUGCCAUAUGCCAAGACACGUACCCUCCCAUAUACUACAUGAACGACACAUCUAAAGCUAUCGUCCACCUUGUACACUGCUAUAAUGAUUACGUUGGCUCCAGUAAGAUUGCCUAUACAUUUGAUGCUGGUCCCAAUGCCUGUAUCUACUCACUAGAUGAGCAUGUCGCACCAUUCCUAGUCCUCCUACAACAUUUCUUCCCACUGCCCAAUGGAGAAUGUUACAUCACCAAUCCAUCAGAUGAACAUAUUCACCUGAAAAAGAAUAUUGUAAACAAAGUCAAGCUGGAACCGCAGACUGGUGCUAUAAAGUAUAUCAAACAAACCAAGGUUGGACCUGGUCCGCAGGUGCUUGAAAAUGGGCCACAUCUUCUUGGAACAGAUGGAAUGCCACUGUAAAUUGGUGCUAUAGACUUUGCUGCAUACUGUGUUAAGGACCAAUGUCGUUGAAUGGAAGACCACAAAUAGAUUCUUUAAUGUACAGAUUGAACCAAUUGUCAAAUAUCAACUAAUUUUCUCUUUUUUUCGAAUUUCAUUUUUAAAACAUUGCUUAGUCAAAUAUCCAUUAUCUUCUUUAUCAGAGCUGCCAACCCCUGCGAUUUUGCAUUAGAACUACUGUGUAUAAGCCUUAAGGCAGUAACUACAUUGUAAAUUCCCAUGUUUGUUGCUGAAAUUCAACACCUUCAGCGCCGAACCACGUGGAUCUACGUGGCCCCAACCCCCCUCUUUUUGAGCUGGUUAUCGGUGUCUCAUGGACUUCAUGAAAGA